GUUGUUGUUGUUGUUAUUGUUGUUUUUGUUUUUGUUUUUUUAAUGAACACAAGAGAGUGAUAUCAGCGCGCAAAUUUUCAUUUCAGUUUGAAAUGUUGAUUUGAGUUUAAACUAAUUUGUGACGUAAUGUAACGACUCGCAUUUCAUUACCAGUGUUUGUUUACAACCGCAUUGAAAUAGCUUUUACUUCCGAAAAUAGUUACCGGCAAAAGGUACUUCCGGGUCACUUGGCUGUAGCUUGUAGGCUUAACAAUACGGUUUAUUUAUUGCGAAGUAUCCGUUGUGGUUCUGUCGCUUUGGCAUGGAUCAGAUUGUUUCUCAGUCCAAAAGUGUCCUUUGCACUUUGACAGAUAAGAAAGAUCUGUCCAAAUAUGUCUGUUUUACACAAAAGAAGUCUGCAGGGAUAAUCAUUGGACUGAGUAAUGGUGAAGCUGUUUGGGAAGCAGAUCUGUCAGAGGAAACCCUUUCACAACUUAAGAAGAAAUUAUCAUUGAAAUCAACAGAAGACUAUGCCCUGAAGUUAAAGAAUGCGUGCAGGAGCGGCAGUGCGUUUGUCUCCCUGCAGGAGGAUAACGCUGUGCUACACCUUGGCUCUGAAACUGCAGACUUCGAUGUGUCUUUCUCCAGGCUCGCAGAUCAUGAGGGAAGGACAGAGCUCAAAGAUCUGCUCUUUAAGAUGGCAGACAGUCUCAUGCAACAGGACAAUACAGGAGCCACAUCUUCAUCAAGCCCUCUUAAGACCUCACAGAAGAGGAGCAUAGGAUUUGAACCCAGGAGACAGCCCGCUGGCCCAACGAUAGCAGUAAAGAAACGCUUUCCAGGGGAUUCACUCAUCAACCCAGGAACCAAACGGAAGCGCUCUGCUACAGGGGUGGCUUUUGACGAUGGAUGUGACACAUGACUCUCCUGACACUGACAUGACUGCUCACAUUCCUGAUGUAACCCUCCAACACUAUCAGUGCAAUUACUACAACUCUGACUGUUUUUAUUAACUCAAAUAAUUAUGAAGUAUGAUUUUUAAAACUUGCAUGAUUUUAAACCUUUUAACCCUACUCUGAAAUAAAUAUAUAAAUAAAUGCUAUUUUUUAAUAAGACAAACACAGUUCAACACUUGUUUUUUUUUAUUAUUGUAUUUUUUUUAAUUUCCUGUUCAUAUUAAAAACACCUGAACAGCUCAUCACAAGAAUAUGGAAACGUAAUCAUCAGAAACGAGCUUAAAAGGUGAGCCAGUCUGUUACAAGUCAGUCUGGAUUGGAAAUCAAACAAGGUUUAUUAGCAUGGAAGAAAAUCCAUCGACGAAUUCUAUCCAUGAAUAUGCACUUAAUUCAGUGAUGCUUGAAAGUAUUUGCUCCCGAGUUAAAAACUAAAUCUAAAACCCAAAAGCACUUCACUAAACGUCCCUCUUUGUUUGCUGGUGUCUUAAUAGUAAUAUGUGAAGUCGGAUUAAUCAGCGCAUUUGAACAUGUACCUCUUAUUUACAACAACAGUAGCAAAGAUGCAAUUAACUCACAUUUAGUUCAUACAUCGAAAAAUAUGCUUCAUUUUCCCUUUGGUCAUAUUACAUGAAAAAUAAAACACAAAGAUGCUCAGGGGUCAUCCUUAUGUACAUAAACCUAGCGAUUCCUUUUCUUUCUUUCCUUCAUUAAUUAUUUAUGCUUAAAAUAGAGGACGUUGUAUUUAAAAAAUGAGGUUUUCUUCACAGACCAGCGUUAUGUUAAAGCGAGAGCACUGAACAGAGUUAAACACUCAUCACACUAUAGCAGAGCUCGAACAUUUCUGUACAGCUUCCAGUGAGUACAAUCCUGCAUACAUCAGGACAUCAGUUUUCAAAAAAUAACACAUUUUUGUUGUUUUUUUUUUCCCUCCAAGUCUUUAGCACACAAUACAGUUCAAAAUGAAUUACGGGGAAAAAAAUAAAUACAUCAUGUUAUCAAGUAAACUUGCACAAAUGCAACAACAACAGAAAAAAAUCUCCUGAAAUCGAUCCAUUUUCAAUAAGAGUGAAUCAGAAAUUCACCUUUGGCUUCACAGUGAAUGCAAAACGGUUAACGAGGACAUUUUCUGUCUCUAUAACGUACGCGUCAGCUGAAAGUGUGAGCGACGCGACUUUACGUCUCUGCGAUGACUGUCGUAGGCUGUAAUUUACACAACGGACAUUCAAAGGAAAAUGUACAAAGUGCUCCGUUCAUCAGAUAAAACAGGAAAUUCAGGACGCUUCACUGAGGCACCGAUCUGUGCAAAACAUUUUCAUGCCAUUUACAUUCACAAAACAUUUGACGCCUUAUUCGUACCGUCCCCCUUGUCAGCGAUGGUUCGGACCGGUUUGACAACCGACCUCCAACAGGUUUUUCAAUAAAUGUCUCCCGUAAAAGGUGCAUUUGUACGCCGGGAAUUGUAAAUAUACGUUCAUGUGCCUUAAAAACAUUUCAAUCAAUCGAUAAAAUAUAGGACGUACCACAGGCUUGACUAUAUAGCAUGCUCUCAAGGCAGGUUCAACAUAUUAAUAAAG